AUGUCAGGAUACAACAAAACCAGUAAAAAAUCUCCGUCGAAUGAGCAGGAGGGCAGGUGGCGGCUGCAAGAAGUAGACGGGCUGCUGCCACACAUGGGGUGCCGCCUGCGCCAGUACUCAACCGCUGACCUCAGGCAGUGCGUCGUCAACAGGAGAGCCGGCGGCAGAACCUCUAAGCUGCUAUUCAUUGGAGACUCCAGAGUCCGGCAGCUCGUUGAAGUAUUCCUGGACCUUUACAGGGACUUGAAGUUCCAAAUCAGAACUCAUGAGGGCCAGGUUGUCGACGUGGAGGAGUUUUUAGGCGAAGAUGCCGAGAUAUUGUGGGACAAAUACAAGCGCGAGUUCAACGUUACGAGUGAAGCGCUGCCAGACUUCAGCGCCGACUUCUACUGGUCAUCUUUUAUGGGCAUUAAACCUACAGUCACCAUCUCGGAGCCCAUCCCUCACCCCAAUAGUUCCCGUAUACUCCAAGAACUCCACGAGAAAAAAAUUGCCGAUAAAUUGCGUACGCUGAGUGAAAAAGAAUUUGGGGAUGCAUACAAUAACGAAACCAAUGACGCUUUCGGUAAUGUAACGACCAGACAUGUGAGCGAUUUGCAUGCGGGUUCUCAGGCUUAUUUUUCAAACGAGAUACCAAAUACGUCCGAAACACAUACUCUACAUCGAAUCAACGAAAUCGAAAAUAAACGAAAGAUGAAACCGUUCAUCAGUAAACCACUGAAGAAACUCGAGAAUCUGAUUUCCGAAAACGGAAAACUUUCGGAUAUCGUUUUUUUAGGAACAGGGAUCUGGAGCUUGUCGCACUUCAAUAACUUCUUCAGGGUAUACGACGAAAUGACCCUGGCGCAGGUGAGGGCGCUGCGCCCCCUGCUGGCGGCCCUUGCUGAGAAGACGGACGUCGUGUGGAUCAUGCCGCCCCCCAUCAACGACCACCUCAUAACACUCCCCAUGAGUAACACACCACNUGCAGGUGACUGCUUGACACCCACGGCGCUUGCAGAUGAACUGCCUGAAAAUCCGCGCUUGUUCUACAAGAAGUCGUGGGCGUGCAGCGACCGCGUGCACACGAGCAACGAGGCGGCCGUCGUGGCCGUGGACAUGAUGGUCAACUACUUGUGUAAUGGCCACAUGCCGCCUGCAGACUACUGCUGCAGCCCGCCACUGCCGCACUGACCGCCUGCAGACUACUGCUGCAGCCCGCCACUGCCACACUGAUAGCCACAUGCCGCCUGCAGACUACUGCUGCAGCCUGCCACUGCCGCACUGACCGCCACAUGCCGCCUGCAGACUACUGCUGCACAGCUC